AUGUUCGGAGCCUUCAGACCCUCGCAGCCCCUCUCCGGAGGUCUUCUCUGGAAAAUCCCGUGGCGCAUGUCCGCUCCUCAGAAGCAACGGCAGCGAGAGCGCUUGCGUGCGGUUGACAGAGUGAUCGCUACCGUCGACAAGGCACUCGCCAAGGAAGGCACCACGACCAAGAAGCUGGACCGCUGGAUGGAGGAAAUGCCCACCGAGGCCGAGAUGCUGGCUAGGGACAAAUACACCAUCUUCGCCCGCUAUGAGAAGAAGUACAGGAAGGGAAUACACAAGCUUCCAAAGUGGACCAGAGUAUCCCAGCGUCUCAACCCGCCUGGUUUCUAA